UCGUAAUAUUUUAAUCAUAUUUUAACUCAGUGAAGUGUGUCUGUAUACAGCGGUGUAAAAUCCGUACAGAUUUCAAUACUUUGGGGAAACUUUGCCCCACUCUGCUUUGCAGUAUUGCUUUAGUUCAGACACAUUGGAGUAUCUCAGUUGGAUUUAAGUUCAGACUUUGACUAGGCCACUCCAAAACCUUUUAUUUGGAUUCAUUCUGAGGUGGAUCUGCUGGUGAGCUUUGGAUCAUUGUCCUGCUGCAGAACCUAAAUGUUCUUGAGCUUAAGGUCACAAGCUGAUGGUCUGACACCUUCAGGAUUUUCUGCUACAGAGCAAAAUUCAUUCAAUUACAACUAGUCGUCCAGAUCCUGAAGCAGCAAACAGCCCCAAACCAUCAUACUACCACCACCAUGCUUGACUGGAGGUAGAAUGUUCUUGUUCUGAAAUGUUAAUUUUACACCAGACAUAACGGAACACACACCUUUCAAAAAGGUCCACUUUGUCUCUUGCACAGAAUAUUUUCCCAAAGGUCUUGGGGAUCAUCAAGAUGUUUUUGGUAAAUAUGAGACAAGUCUUUGUGUUCUUUUGGGUCUGCAGUGGUUCUGGUCUUGAAGCCAUUUUUGCCCUGUCUCUCUUUCUUACUGUUGAUUCAGUGAGGCCUGCAGAGCUUUAGAUGUUGUUCUGGGUUCUUCUGUGACCUCCUGGAUGAGUCAUUGAUCAGCUUUUGGAGUAAUUUUUGUAGGUCAGCCACUGAUGGGAAGGUUCUCCACUGUCCCACGUUCUCUCCAUGUGUGGAUGAUGGUUCUCAUUGUGGUUCCUUGGACACCCAAAGCCUUAGAAAUGACUUUUUAACCCUUUCCAAACUGAUAGAUGUUAGUGACGGUGUUUUUCUUCUGUUAUUGAGUUACUUUAGAUCAGGUCAUGAUGUGAGAUCUUUUAGCCUACUUCAUGUUGUCAGACAGGAUCUAUUUAAGUGAAUUCUUGAUCCUACAGCCAGGCCUGGGUGUGGUCAGUGAAACUGAACCAAAACUCGUGAUAUUUUUUACUCCAGGUUCUGGUUGGUUUGGAUUCAAUUUAUCCGUUAAUAAAUAAAAUCACCGUUUAAAGUCUGCUUUUUGUAUUUACUCAGGUCAAUUUUGUCCGGCAGUAAAAUAUGAGUUAAUAUCAGACUAAAAAGUUGCAGAAAUCUUAAGCCUUCAGUUCAAUAUACACCCAGCAUGCAGUGGGAACAUCUACUGGUUCUCUAUUUGGACUUUAUGUGGCAGAGGGACAGAAAUCGGUCCACCAUUACCUCAUCUAUCUGGGUCUUUCCCACCUCCCUCCAUCCCUGCACCUCCUCCUGGUGACGCCAGCUGGAGGAGGAUGAUGAUGAGGAGGAGUGCAGCAUCAGCAGCAUCGAUCACUUCCUCUUCAUCUCAGAUGUUUUUCAGCACCGGCAGGUCGUUUGGACCUGGUUUCUAAGCGGCUCCUCUGUUUGUUUGGAAGCAGCGCUUUAAUCGAUGUAUUUUGGAUCCGCGCCAGCUUAAACGGUUCGUCUCUGCUCGGUUCCGGACGGGCUCCUGCUCUCUGGGAAAAGCCGAGAAGCUUGGUUCCUAAACGAGGCGACAGGCGAUGAGCUGACUGUCCGGGUGAAGCGGCCUGGUUCCGGGAUGAGGCAGGAGCGGCUCCCCGCCGGGAGGAGGCCUCGGGCGGCCAGUAGGCAGCGGCAGCAGGGUUCGGGAGGCGUCGGCAGCAUCAUCAGCAACGUCCUGAAGAAACGCAACGGGAUCUCCAGGAGCGCUCCGCGGCUGCUCUGCACCUUGGAGCCAGGUGUUGACACAAGGCUGAAGUUCACCAUUGAGCCAUCGCUGGGAAACAAUGGCUUCCAGCAGUGGUACGAUGCUCUUAAAGCUGUGGCCCGGCUUCCCACUGGGAUACCGAAAGAAUGGAGAAGGAAGGUCUGGCUAACUCUAGCAGACCAGUACCUCCACAGCAUCUCCAUCGACUGGGAGAAAACUCUUCGUUUCGCCUUUAACGAGCGCAGCAACCCAGACGACGACUCGCUCGGCAUCCAAAUCGUCAAGGAUCUGCACAGGACCGGCUGCAGUUCUUACUGUGGCCAGGAGGGAGAGCAGGACAGGGUGGUUCUGAAGCGGGUUCUGCUGGCCUAUGCCCGCUGGAAUAAAACUGUUGGUUACUGUCAAGGAUUCAACGUUCUGGCUGCUCUGAUCCUGGAAGUGACAGAAGGGAACGAGAGUGAUGCACUGAAGGUGAUGAUCUACCUGAUCGACAAGGUGCUGCCUGACAGUUACUUCGCCAACAACCUGCGAGCACUAUCAGUGGACAUGGCGGUGUUCAGGGAUCUGCUGCGUGUGAAGCUGCCCAGACUGUCUCAGCACCUUCACCACCUGCAGAAAGCAGCCAACAGAGAAGCUGGAGGAAGCUAUGAACCUCCUCUGACCAACGUCUUCACCAUGCAGUGGUUCCUGACCAUGUUCGCCACCUGCUUGCCGGCACCCACCGUUCUCAAGAUCUGGGACUCUGUUUUCUUUGAGGGGUCCGAGGUUCUGUUCCGGGUGGCUCUGGCCAUCUGGGAGAGACUGGGAGAGAGGAUCGAAGAAUGCCAGACGGCCGAUUACUUUUACAGCACCAUGGGCUGCCUGACUCAGGAGAUGCUGGAGCACGAUCUGGUCAAUCCUGCGGAGCUCAUGCAGGACGUUUACUCCAUGGCUGUGUUCCCGUUCCCCCAGCUGGCCGAGCUGAGAGAGAAGUACACCUACAACAUCACUCCGUUCUCGACCUCGGUGAAGUCCAAGGGAAGCAGCGGUCCGGGCAGCUGGGACAGUGAGGACGAUGGCGACAUGGACAACGAGGAAUCUGUGGCGACGGCACUCGGCUGUCUGGGGCCGCUGGGCGGCCUGUUGGCCCCUGAGCUCCAGAGAUACCAGAAACAUCUCAAAGACCAGCGAGUCGAGCAGGGGAGCAUCGCGGAGGUGAGCCCAGGAGCAGUGGGAGCAGGAGGAGGAGGUGCUAAAGCAGAGCAUCAGGCAGCCAUCAACAGCAUGAUGAUGGAGAGGAUGAGCACGGACAUCACCGCUCUGAAGAAGCAAUACACUCGAAUCAAGAGGCGGCAGCAGCAACAGGCGAUGCAACUCUACAUCCGCACAGGACCUGGACCUAACAUGGCCACAAAUCCAGGGGUUCUUCAGGAUGGUUCCGACAAACACAGCAACAGUACUGACCCGAACAGUUACGACAAAUGUCCCGCCACACGGGUUCUGGCCUCCCAGCUCAACCCGUCCACUUCCGUCAUCAACCACCUCCUGCUGGCACGGAAACAACGCGGUGCGUCCAGAAGCUGCAGGCCCAUCUCUGCCAGCACGCCGUCUCUUCCAGGCUCUCCAUCCAGGCGGCGCUGUGGAUCACUGCUGUCCAACAGCCCCGGAUCUCCAGGGAGCUCCAGAGGUUCUCCUUGGCGGGCCCACGUCCGGCAACAUCGGAGAAAUGUGGCCCGGGUUCGGGCACAGCUUGGAUUUGGAGAUUCUGCGGAAAGGGAAGAUGAUGAUGAGGAGGAGGAAAGGGAACUGGUCCAGGGGAGGAAGGAAGAGGAUGAGGCUCCAUUUCAUGGUGGAAGUUCAGGAUGUGAAGAAGCUCCUCGGGAUGCAGAGGAGACAGAGGAAGUAAAAGUUGAGGAGGUGGUGGUGCAGCUGGACUCUCUGGACUUGGAAAGCGAAACAACCCAGAAUUCCUUCAACGAUCCGGAUCCAGAACCUGAAGUAAAGGAGAGUAAACCAGCAGCUCUGAUCCCUCCUCUUCCUCCUCCAUCCUCAAACAGACACAAAGAGUUGGACCCCUUCAGUCCUGAAGCAGGCUGUGCUCCUGAUUCACCUCCUCCUGUUCAGAACUUCUCCCACAGGGUUCCUCCUGCAGAACCCUCAACAUCCACUUCAUCUCCUUCUCUUGAUCCAUCACCCUCAUUUUCUCCAUCCCUGACCUCCACUCCAACACCAGACUCUGUGUCCUGCCUCCCAUCCUCUUCAUCAGCCAGUGGUUUAUCAUCUCCUCCUCCCUCCUCUCUAGAUAAAGCCUUCUCCCCCUCCACCCCAUCACUCUGCUCCGUCUCAUCAUCCAGAUCCAACAUCUCCUCUUCCUCCUCCGUGCCGGGGUUCCUGUCGGCCGCCUCGGCUCCAAAGCAGCAGAUCUUCUCCCCGUUCCCUUUAAUAAAGCAGCCUAGGAAGUCUCUAGCAGCCAGGAACCUGGGCCUUUAUGGACCCACGUCUAGAACUCCCACGGUCCAUUUCCCUCAGCUGAGCCGCAACCUGAACCGAAGCAGCGCCGCCGGGACGACAGGCAGGCGAUGAAGAGCCUUGUGGAACCACCACAUUGCCUCCUGCGUACUGAGAAACCAUCCCUCAGCUUUAGAGAGAAGAGAAGCUGCAGAGAUGAUUCUGGUUCCAUGGUUCUUCUUAUUUACAAGCUAUUAGAGACAAACUGAAGACCUUAGCGGGUCAGAGCUUGUUCUUCUGUGCACAGGAGGACCUUCAGUCAGUAAGAACCUCAGAAACUGAGAUUGUAUCUGAGGAUGAGCUGUUGGAGCUUCUUCAGGAGCAGAUAGAGCAUGAAGACCUGACCUCCACAGAUGCUUCAGUAUUUAUUGGUUUGCACUAUAGCCAUGCAGUUGUUUCUAUGCCAAGUAUUUAGCUGCACACGAUGGAUGAAGAUCUGCAACCAACCUUCCUCCUCAGAUGAUGUCCUCAAGAACUUUCUGUUUGCUUUCUAUCAGUAAAAUCAUUCUGUGUACUCUGGUUCUGAUUCAACCCAGAAUGUAUCGUCUCCAUCACUCAUAAUGAAAGUAUGAAUGGAAACGUU